AUGGAGGGGCUCUACUUCACGGGCCGCAAGGAACUGCUUGAGUGGAUUAAUGGUUUUCUUGAGAUUGAGUAUACCAAAGUUGAGCAAGUAGCUUCGGCCGCAGCCUUCUGCCAGCUUAUGGACGCUCUCCACCCAGGAACGAUCGCCCUCAGCAAGGUCCGUUUCAACGCCAACCAGGAAUGGGAGUUUGUUUCGAACUUCAAGCUUUUGCAGAAGGCCUUCGAUGCCGCAAACAUCAAGAAGCACAUCGAUGUCCCCAAAUUGAUCAGGGCCAAGUACCAGGACAACCUCGAGUUCCUCCAGUGGUUCAAGCGCUACUUCGAGGGCAAGUGGGACAAGGCCGAAUACCGCGCUAAGGAGAGGCGGCUUUCCGCCAUGAAGGCUGCAGCUGGACCUGCCCGCCGAGUAUCCAUCAAGCCAGCACAGCCCGUUGGCCAAGCGAAGCCGCCUGUUAAACGCGUUGCCAAACGCAGGGUGACCAUGGCUGCUUCGUCCAUUCGAGCAACCACCCCCGAGAAGCCCGUCACGGUCACUCCUGCUGCUCCUGCCAAGAAGACCUCGCCCGUCAAGCGCGCCGUUGCCGCCUCUCCUGUGACCAGGUCCGCCGCUAAGCCUCUGAGGCCCGCGUCUAUUCUCAAGAAGCCCGUCUCCGUAGCGGCCCCUGUCAAUGGAGAUGUCGCCUCUUUUGUCGAGAGGCAGGUGGACACUCUCAAGAACGACCUCUUCCAAGCCGUCGCAAGCCUGCAGAGAGAAAGAGAUGUCUUCUCAGAGAAGCUCAAGGCCAUCAAGAUGAUGUGCGAAGAGGACGAGAGCUCGGCAGAGACCAUCCAGCGCAUCCUCACCAUCAUCCGCAUCGGUACCGACGAGGAGGAUCAACCCCAGCCGCAGCCGCAGCUCGAGCAGGCCGUCAACGCCGAUGAAGAUGAAGACGACGGCCUCGAUGAACUCGACGAGCUGGAUGACAUCAUCGCCUCCAGUGCCCAGCAGCCGGAAACCGACGACGGCGGCGAGGAGGCGCCCGAGGCCACCGAAGAUGCCGGCGACGAGAUCGCCGACGAUGACGAAGACCUCGACUUUGUCUGA